AUGACAAGUACUGCUCCUGCUGCUUGGAGACAGGCUUCUGCCUUCUCCAGGCGCCUUUCAACCUAUGGUUCUCGAGCUCCUCGAGUUCUCGCCACCAGCCUGCGCGCUCGGUCUUAUGUCACCGAGACAAAAGUUGGCCAAGCUCAGGUCAACAUCGAGACUGCCAUCAAAGAAGAACAAAAGUCAUUCAUGAAUCAAUCCCAUAUGGCGCCCCAGAAUGUCAAGCUGCCCGGCUCGGCAACCUCCGGGGACGCCGCGAUGAGCCCCUCGGCCGGCAUUCUGAAGCAGGCCACUGUUAUGGACCAGGGCACCCGGCCCAUCUACCUCGAUAUGCAAGCCACUACACCUCUGGACCCCCGGGUUCUGGAUACCAUGCUUCCUUACCUCACCGGUAUUUACGGUAACCCGCACUCACGCACACACGCCUACGGUUGGGAGUCGGAGAAGGGAGUCGAGCAAGCUCGCGAGCAUAUCGCCAAGCUGAUCGGGGCCGACCCCAAGGAGAUUAUCUUCACAAGUGGUGCGACCGAGAGUAACAAUAUGAGUUUGAAGGGUGUGGCGCGGUUCUUUGGUCGCUCAGGAAAGAAGAACCACAUCAUCACCACCCAAACUGAACACAAGUGUGUGCUUGACAGCUGCCGACACUUGCAGGAUGAAGGGUUUGAAGUGACUUACCUGCCAGUUCAGAGCAACGGUUUGAUCCGUAUGUCGGAUCUUGAAGCAGCCAUGCGCCCUGAGACUUGCAUUGUCAGCGUCAUGGCUGUCAACAAUGAGAUUGGUGUGAUCCAGCCAAUGGAGGAGAUUGGCCGUCUCUGCCGGUCCAAGAAGGUGUUCUUCCACACCGACGGUGCCCAGGCUGUUGGAAAGAUCCCAUUGGAUGUUAACAAGCUGAACAUCGAUUUAAUGUCAAUCUCCAGCCACAAGAUCUACGGCCCUAAGGGUGUUGGCGCCUGCUUUGUGCGUCGUCGCCCACGUGUUCGUCUCGACCCUCUCAUCACUGGUGGUGGACAGGAAAGAGGUCUACGUAGUGGCACCUUGGCCCCUCAUUUAAUUGUGGGCUUUGGAGAGGCUUGCCGACUUGCUGCCCAAGAUAUGGAGUACGACACCAAGCACAUCAAUCGCCUGUCAAAGCGUCUGAGCGAGGGUCUCCUUGCCAUGGAACACACCACACUGAACGGUGACCCCGAGCACCACUACCCUGGUUGUGUGAACAUCUCAUUCGCCUACGUUGAGGGAGAGUCCCUACUGAUGGCGCUGAACGACAUUGCGCUGUCAUCGGGUAGUGCCUGUACCUCCGCUUCUCUGGAGCCCAGCUACGUGCUGCGGGCUCUGGGCAGCAGCGAUGAGAGCGCCCACAGCAGUAUCCGUUUCGGUAUCGGUCGAUUCACCUCGGAUGAGGAGAUUGACUACGUUCUGAAGGCUGUCCAGGCUCGCGUGUCUUUCUUGCGUGAACUGAGCCCGCUUUGGGAGUUGGUACAGGAGGGAAUUGAUCUGAACACGAUCGAAUGGAGCCAACACUGA